AUGGAUGCAAAUGGCCCCAAGCUCCCGGAGCCCAGAUCCUAUUCAGAGGCCCCCCGGCCUGACCUGAGCCCCAGCUCAAUCCAGGCGAGCAAAACCCUGCAACAGGACUCCCCCGGCCUGGUGGGGGACAGGCUGCCACCCAAGACGGGGGCUGUGGUCAUCGACAUGGGCACAGGCACCUGUAAGGUGGGCUUCGCGGGGCAGGCCCGGCCCAUCUACACAGUGGCCACCGUCGUGGGCUGUCACCCCAAGAAGUCUGCCACCUCCAAACACACAGUGCUGGAGACCUUCAUCGGCGAGGCCGCCCGCUCGCGCCCGGAGCUGACGCUGGUGCAGCCGGUGCGCAACGGAAUCCUGGUGGACUGGGAAGCCGCCGAGCUCAUCUGGCGCCACGUGCUGGAGCACGACCUUCGUGUGGCCACCUGGGACCACCCCCUGCUGCUCUCGGACCCGCCCUUCAGCCCCAGCACCAACCGGGAGAAGCUGGUGGAGCUGGCCUUCGAGUCGCUGCGCUCCCCGGCCAUGUACGUGGCGUAUCAGUCGGUGCUGUCCGUCUACGCCCACGGGCGGGUCAGCGGGCUGGUGGUGGACACGGGCCACGGGGUCACCUACACGGUGCCCGUGUUCCAGGGCUACAAUCUGCCGCACGCCACCGAGCGCCUGGACCUGGCCGGCACCCACCUGACGGCCUUCCUGGCCGAGAUGCUGCGAGGGUCAGGCCUGCCGCUGGGGCAGCAGGACCUGGACACCGUGGAGGACAUCAAGCACCGCUACUGCCAUGUGGCGCCCGUGGCGCCCAAGCGGCAGGCCCGGCCGGGGCAGGAGUGCCGCCGGACCCUGAAGCUGCCGGACGGCCGGACGGUGACGCUGGGCAGGGAGCUGUUCCAGUGCCCGGAGCUGCUGUUCAGUCCCCCCAAGAUCCCAGGACUGUCGCCCGUGGGCGUCCCCGCCAUGGCCAGCCAGAGCCUCCGCAAGGUCCCGGCCGAGGCGCGGGCUGAGGUGGCGCAGAGCGUGCUGCUGUGCGGGGGCUCCUCGCUCUUCGCGGGCUUCGAGGCCCGUUUCCGCGCCGAGCUGCUGUGCGCGCAGCCCCCCGGGGCCCCGGCCGCCGCCGUGGUGGCGCAGCCCAGGAGGAACUUCGCGGUGUGGAUCGGGGGCUCCAUCCUGGCGUCCCUGCGCACCUUCCAGUCCUGCUGGGUCCUGCGGGAGCAGUACGAGGAGCAGGGGCCGCACAUCGUGUACCGCAAGUGCGCCUGA